UGUCAGUCUGAUUUCUCAUUCCAAGGAGAAUAGUUUGGUAAUUAGUUCAUCCAGAUUGCUCUUGAACAAAAUCUGGUUCUCGGCCUAGAAACAUUGCAUGUUCCGCUCCGCUUGUACCAGACGCCUCCCGCUUCCCGCUCUUCGCCGACACAGUAAAGCUGCCACAAUGUCGCUCAAGGCAAUCUCAGCCAAAGAUGCCGCAUCCCUGGACAAAGAUCUCAUGGACGUGAACAUCGGCGGGUGGUCACUAGACCAGCUUAUGGAGCUGGCGGGCUUGUCGGUUUCUCAAGCUGUUUGGAAGAUGCAUCCACUCAGCCAAGGAAAGAAUGUCCUUGUUGUAUGCGGACCCGGAAACAACGGUGGCGAUGGUCUCGUCGCAGCGCGGCACCUCGCACACUACGGCUACAAUCCCACCGUGUACUAUCCCAAAGAAGGUAAAAACGAGCUCUACCAGCGUCUCAAAACCCAACUCCAAAACCUCUCAAUCCCAUUCACAACCGACUUCGAAACCGCCCUCUCAAACACCCACCUCCUAAUCGACGCCAUAUUCGGCUUCUCAUUCGGCGGGCCCCUCCGUGAGCCCUUCCCAUCCAUAAUCUCGCAAAUCGAAGCAGCGAGCAUCCCAGUACUCAGUGUGGAUGCACCCAGUUCCUGGGAUAUCACCUCCGGUCCGCCGUCGUCUGGCCCUGGUGCUAAAUUUAUGCCGAAGGCGCUGAUUAGUCUGACGGCGCCGAAGCCGUGCGUGAAGUUCUAUAAGGGCCGGCACUUUGUUGGAGGGAGAUUUUUGACGCAGAGUAUUGCGGAGAAGUAUGGGUUGGUUUGUCCGGCGUACGAGGGGAUUGAUCAGGUGGUGGAAGUUUUUGAGGAUGGGGAUGGUGGUGAUUUCCGGUAUGCUCCUAAGGGGCAGUCGAAGUACUAAAGUAGUCUAUCUACUAUUAACUAUUGAGUUUGCGAAAGACUUAUCUCUACUGGAAGGGAUAUAGGAAGAAUGAUA